UCACUGCCUUAUUAUAUUUUCAACAUGGCGUCCAGCGGUUUGAAGCUGAAUUUCUGGGAGAAUGGACCGCAGCCCGGUCAGUUUUACUCCUUCCCCGGCGGCAGCAGCGGCAGCGGGGUGGGAACAGCAUGUGGACCCGUCAGACAUACACUUAACCCGAUGGUAACCGGGACGUCGGUGCUUGGGGUGAAGUUUACCGGUGGUGUGAUCAUCGCGGCAGACAUGUUGGGCUCAUAUGGUUCUCUGGCCCGCUUCAGGAAUAUCUCCCGCCUCAUGAAGGUUAACAGCAACACCAUCCUGGGAGCUUCAGGAGACUACGCUGACUACCAGUACCUGAAACAGAUCAUCGAACAGAUGGUUAUUGAUGAGGAGCUGCUGGGUGACGGGCACAGCUACAGUCCAAAGGCGGUCCAUUCCUGGUUGACCAGAGUGAUGUACAACCGUCGCAGCAAGAUGAAUCCUCUGUGGAACACGGUGGUGAUCGGCGGUUUCUACAAUGGAGAAAGUUUCCUUGGUUACGUGGACAAGCUGGGCGUGGCCUAUGAAGCUCCCACGGUAGCCACAGGCUUUGGAGCGUACCUGGCUCAGCCUCUGAUGAGGGAGGUGGUGGAGAACAAAGUGGAGAUCACCAAACAGGAGGCCAGGGAGCUGGUGGAGCGCUGUCUUAAAGUGCUUUACUACAGAGACGCUCGCUCCUACAACAGGCAUGAGAUCGCCAUUGUAACAGAAGAAGGCGUGGAGAUUAUUGGACCUCUGUCCUCUGAAACCAACUGGGACAUUGCUCACAUGGUCAGUGGGUUUGAAUGAAGACCAGCAGCUGUUAAAGCCCCCUUUUUUCUGGCGAGUUGAAUACAUCUGCUCAACAUGCAACUUAUCUAUCUCUGUUUUGUUCUUUUUCUGCUCUUCAUUGUAACUUUUUGUAUAAUGGAAAAUAAAAGUGAUAAGUAAAAAUAAA